GGCCGCGGUGUCCAAGCAACAGCCGAACGCCGGCGCUGGGCAGCGAGCGGACGCGGACCGAGGCCCCGGGACAGGCGGAAUGGAGCACGACGCGGAGGGGGCCAUGGACCCGGACGGCCUGGAGGACGAGGAGGAGAUCACGGCCUCCAAGCUGCGGGCCAGGCCGCGGCCGCUGCCCAUCUCGGCGCUGUCUGCCUUUAGCUACGUCCCGCCGCGGCGCACGGACCCCAAGGAGUACAGCUACUACUACCGCCAGUGCCAGACAGGAAUUAUUUCCCUCUAUGACUGCGUUUUUAAGAGGCAACUUGACUAUAAUCAGAAAUUGCACCGAGAUGACAGAGAGCACGCGAACGGCCUGGGACUUCAUGUCAACAAGGAGGAACAAGAGAGGCCUGUGGGAGUACUGACGUCCUCUGUCUAUGGGAGGCGCAUCCACCAGCCGGUGGAGCCGGUGAACCGGGACUUCCGCCGUGCCAACCAUGUGCAGGCCGACUUCUACAGGAAGAAUGACAUCCCCAGCAUCAAAGCGCCUGGCUUCGGGCACAUCACGCCAGCCUGAAUCGCCCCUGCAGCCCCCAGCAAGCGGGGUUCCUGCUAGAGGGAGGUUGCACAGGCAGGGGCCCCGUCAACUUCUGCUUUUGACUUCCAGGUCACAAGGAGAUCCUAAGAUGCCUUGCUUAAAAACCCAAGCACACAUCUUUAAACAUACUCAGAACUUCUUCCCGCAUGGUGAGUGGCACCUGCCGUUAUUUCAGAUUCAGUAACAGUGAAGACUGAGUCACUGCUGUGAGCACCAGAAUAAAAUGAGAGCUUGCUUCCACUUGCA